UCGGUUCCGUUUUGGGUGAAAAUGCGGCUAUGUGACUAAGUGGAACUUUGCUGUCAUGCAGAGGAGAACCAGGGCUGAAUAUUACCACGCACUACUUUCAGUUUUCUGGGUUUUCCCUCCAAUGGCUCAGGCCACAGAGGCAGUCAACCAGCUUCACCUGCUGGCCAGCAGACAACAGAACAAGGAAAAAGUAGAGGGCAUGGGGAGGGGCAUCUUUUUGUCUGAAGUGUUUGAAUGUCUAAAUGAAUCAUACCGGCAGGGUUUCAGUGAGCGUCACAGGGUCGUACGUUUUGUGUUGAGAGCCAGGAAGCGUGCGCACGUUGACCAACAUUGCGACGCUACUUUUUUUUCAACCGUGCAUCCUGCAUCCUCUCGAAACACCCUCGAACAAAAGUGAAAGUACGCUGAUGUGGAAAGAGCUCCAUGUGUUGUGUGUGUGUGUGUGUGUGUGUGUGUGUGUGUUUGUGCGUGUGUGGGUGUAUACCCUACAAGAUAUUUCCUUAUCUUCACAAAACUUAUAGGCUACUUUCUUCCUCAGCUGUCUGUCCUUCGCUUGGCUUUUGAAACCGUGUCUGUACCGCAUGUCAGUAGUCUUCGCCACGUGUUUUUCAGUUGGCUACUUUUUUUUUGUCGCGUCUUUUUGUCGCAUCUUGUUUGACGGUGUCUUGUAAGUGUGGUACAUAGUCAACCUCCAGUUUUCUAUACUUUUUGAAUGUGUUUUGUGAUGCGUGGCUUUCCAGAUGGACGGAUGAGCCCCUCAUCGCUAUGACGAUGUAAAUGCAAGCUUGCUGGGGACGAUGGAUUGAGUGCAGAAAAGUUCCUGGAUUAGCACAGUGUCGGCACAAAGGAGAGGCGCUUCGUCGGCAGCACAGCGGCAGCACAGCACAACACAGAGAGGGACCGACCGAGGGGCCAGGGAGGCACACACGAGCCGCUCCACCACCACACAACAACAACAACAACAACCAGCAUCCCCCCAUCGACUGGACGAGACUGAGAGAGAGAGAGAGAGGAAGAGAAGGAGGGAAAAACGGCAAGGCUUCCGACGCCGCAACCUUCACGGAAGAGGUGCCCCUGGCGGGAAAAGCCGCUGAGCCAUGGCGGAGAAACGGUUCGCCGGGAUACUGAAUGGAGCUGUUCCUGGAGAGCCAGUGAAGAGAGAUGAGAACUCGCGGAGAGGAAACUGGGGGAACCAGAUCGAGUUCGUCCUCACCAGCGUGGGCUACGCGGUGGGACUGGGCAAUGUGUGGAGGUUCCCUUAUCUCUGCUACAGAAACGGAGGCGGGGCCUUCAUGUUCCCGUACUUCAUCAUGCUGGUGUUCUGCGGCAUCCCCCUCUUCUUCCUUGAGCUCUCCUUCGGACAGUUCGCCAGUCUCGGAUGCCUGGGGGUGUGGAAGGUCAGCCCCAUGUUCAAAGGGGUAGGCUACGGCAUGAUGGUGGUGUCCACCUACAUCGGGAUCUACUACAACGUGGUGAUCUGCAUCGCCUUCUACUACUUCUUCAUGUCCAUGACCAACCUGCUGCCGUGGACCUACUGCAAUAACCCCUGGAACACGCCGGACUGCAGCGGGGUGGUGAGCGCGUCCCGCUUCAACAGCUCCCUGGCCAACGCCUCGGCCGUGGUGUCCGGCGUCGCCGAGCUGGUCAACCGCACCAAGAGGACCAGCCCCAGCGAAGAGUACUGGAAACACAAGGUGCUGAACAUCUCGGACGACAUUGGGAAUUUUGGGGAGGUGCGUCUCCCCAUCCUGGGCUGCCUGGCAGUGUCCUGGGUGGUGGUGUUCCUCUGCCUCAUCAGGGGAGUCAAGUCCUCUGGCAAGGUGGUGUACUUCACCGCCACCUUCCCCUACGUGGUGCUGACCAUCCUCUUCAUCAGAGGCAUCACUCUGGACGGGGCCGUCAAUGGCAUCGCCUACUACCUGACCCCGCAGUGGAAGAAGAUCCUCGAUGCCAAGGUUUGGGGAGAUGCCGCGUCUCAGAUCUUCUACUCUCUGGGCUGUGCCUGGGGAGGCCUCAUCACUAUGGCGUCCUACAACAAGUUCCACAACAACUGCUAUCGAGACAGCAUCAUCAUCAGCGUCACCAACUGCGCCACCAGCGUUUACGCCGGCUUCGUCAUCUUCUCCAUCCUGGGCUUCAUGGCGCACCACCUGGGGGUGGACGUGUCCGAGGUGGCAGACCACGGGCCCGGGCUGGCGUUCGUGGCCUACCCAGAAGCCCUCACGCUGCUGCCCAUCUCCCCUCUCUGGUCCCUCCUGUUCUUCUUCAUGCUCAUCCUUCUGGGCCUGGGCACGCAGUUCUGUCUGUUAGAGACCCUCGUCACUGCCAUCGUGGACGAAAUCGGCACAGACUGGAUCAUCAGGAACAAGACGGUGGUCACACUGGGAGUGGCUGUUGUAGGCUUUCUCCUGGGAGUGCCGCUGACCACUCAGGCUGGGAUUUAUUGGUUGCUGCUCAUGGAUAACUACGCUGCCAGUUUCUCCCUGGUCGUCAUCUCUUGCAUCAUGUGUAUCUGCAUCAUGUACAUAUAUGGACACAAGAACUACUUCAAAGAUGUGGAGAUGAUGCUGGGCUUCCCCCCUCCCAUAUUCUUCAGGAUCUGCUGGAGAUUCGUGUCGCCCGUCAUCAUCACUUUUAUCCUGAUCUUCACAGUCAUCCAGUACAAGCCAAUCACCUACAACGAUUACAUCUACCCCAACUGGUCCCUCAUCAUUGGGUUCUUCAUGGCGUUGUCCUCGGUGAUCUGCAUACCCAUCUUUGCCCUCUACCAGAUUGCCAAUUCUGAAGGGACCACGUUCAUAGAGCGGUUGAAGAACUCGGUGAAGCCGGACCGGAGUUGGGGCCCGGCCCUCAUGGAGCACCGGAUAGGGCGGUACGCGCCGGGCGGGGCCUCGGGGCCCGACGGCGGCCUGGAGGUGCGGGCCCUGAAGGAGGAGCUGAAGGAGGAGGAGAAGGAGAAGCUGGACGAGAUCAGCCUCACCAUCCAGGGCAGCAACGGCUCCACACACAACCCCAACCCCAACCCCAGCGCGUAAAAGACCCCGCCCCCGCCCGGACCCACGCCCUUUCCCACCCUGCACAGUGGGGGAGAGAACCAUGCUCGCUGGAGACCCUUACAUAUUGUAAGGGCUUAUUUUAUCUAACCUCUAGAAAAUUGGUCCUCAUCCAAAAUGUUUUAUUUGUCCACAUAAUUUAAUAAUGCAUUUUUUUUGUUUUCCUUUUCUUUUUUUUUUUUUUUUUUUUUUAAACAGAUUUUUUUUUUUUCAUAUGCAUGAAAAUCUACAAAAAAAAUUUGUGCAUACACUGUUUGUGACUAGGGAGCAGUGAGCGUUCAUUUCUCCAGACUGUACAAAAAACAAAACGAAAAGAAAAAAACAUUCAGACGUGAUAGCAGCGACGCCACUUGUAAGACAGGCCACUUGGGUGUAGAGAGAGUGCUGGCUGGUUUAAAGCUGGAGACCAAAUGUUCUUUAGCGCCGACAAGUCCAGGUAGCACCGCUCUGCCGAUCUGUAUGUUCUUUUUUUUUGUUCUUUCACCGUACGGUACAGUACGUUACAGCUCUUGGUAUUUGGCGCCUUGAUCCGUAGUCUCGACUUAGACUGUUGUUCGAAAGCUGCUUUUAAAUUAUUGAGAACAACAACUAAUGAGUCUCUUCGGAGCCCCUCGGAGUGCCGUUUUGGUGUGUCAAGUUUGUCUGCUGUUUUUCUUUUCUUUUCUACACUUCACACAGGAAAACACUCUCUGCUUACCAUAAUUUACCUUUUCCUACUGCAAGGUACAGAUACAAGUUUUCAUGUAGUGUGAAUUAUGAAACUCAAAAAAUUGUAAAAAACCAUUUGGAAUGUACAUACCAUACAUGCAAUAGGGAUGUGAAUAAUGGUUUUAAGUGUUUGGAUACUUGUUAUCUAUAAAAGCUAACUUUGCUACUCAAAAAAUAAUGAAUUAGGUCUUACCUCCUGUCAUUGGGAACUUAGCCAUGUUACCAACUGUAUGGCUUGCAGAAGAAGGAACAUAUUCAGACUAACCAGAGAUCAAAGGCUCUAGCUUUAAUCUCUCCCUGUACAAUAAUUUGCUGGCCAAUCAAUUUGACGCUAUCAAAUUAAAAAUGAAUCCCCCAAUUAACUACCCGACAUACAGGUGCUUUCAUGUGAGUCCAUGUCAGCUAAGAGCUGAUGUUCCGUCAGUGUUGCAUUUGACUGAAGCGCCCUCUAAUGGGAGACUUCAGCAUGUCAUUCUUGCGACCGAUCUGGAUUUUAGUUUGAAUCCCGGAAGGAAAAGGGGGGGAAAAAUGUACUCUUUCUUUAAAAUAGAAAGUGUUUUUAUCAGUUGUUCAUUAAGCGCUUACCCGGUGCAGCGGCUUUUAACGAGUCCCCAGACACUGGCCAUUAUCCCUAGCAUGUACACAGAUGUCUCUCUGCAUACUGGUACGAGAAGGAUAUCUGACUCCAGCUUUCUAAACGGCUGUCCUGAUUGGUUAAAGCACUUUUUUUCCCCUCCACGCCCAUUCUCAGGGUCCCAGCUAGCUUGCUUUGAGAACAUUAAGGAUCGCUUUGAUUUGCGGAGGGGGAGGAGUCUAUGAGCGAAAGAUCCUAGACGAGCAGUAACCCACGGAAACUAAAACUGUUAGUGGCUGCUCUGGUGCAGCUUCUGUAUAGUCUUCCAGACAUUUUCCUGUGAAAUGCAUCGUGAGACAAUUUGUGUCUCAUUUGUGAAGGGAGCACUGGACUUCAUAACCUUAGAAAAUAGUUUACUUGUCUGCACACUAAGGAGAUGUGAUGGCCUCUCGUUUCUUAUUAUUAUUAAUUGCCCUAAAGCAGGGGGAAGAAGGCAUGUUUACCAAAAACACACAAAGCGUGCGUAGAGUGAUCUACCUUGGUGCCAUUGCGGGAGUAUGGGGUUUCAAUAAAUGUAGGAAGUUUUUUUUUUCUUGCAAAGGGGAGGAAUUAUGCCUUUUGGCUGUUGCAGAAGAAAGAGUUUGAAUUUUAGCUCAAGUUUUUUUUUUCUGUAGCACUGAGGGGAGUGGCCAAACUGAUGAGUGCAGAGCAGGAAGCAGAAACAGCAUUUGCCCCUCAGUUGGCCAGCCCAACCACCCCCCACCCCACCCCAGUCCCCGCCCCCAAGAAAGAAAUGGGCGGUGCUUAACUCAACGAUGAACAGAGGUCAUUAUUAUAGGAUCAUGGAAUUCACACGUAGUCAUACGUACAAUAGUUUACAUUGUAGUGUUGUCGUUUUUUCAUUAUUGUAAAGUAACAUAGUAAAUAAUUAUAAAGAAAGGAAACAAUGUUUAUUUUGUAAAGAAACUACAGUAUCUUGAGUAAUAAGAGUAAUGUUUACCAUUCCUCAUUUGUGACUUGAUUUUUGUAGAUUUUUUUUCCUGUUUUUUUUUAUUUUUUAUUAUUUUCUGGUACAGUGGGGCCUGGGUGCUGAGGCAGUCAAUAUUUGGGGUGAAGUGUGGACGGGGGUUGGGAGUUUGAUCAGUUUGACAAAAAAAAAAAGUCUUUCUGAGAUGCCGCACAAUUCUGUUUCACCGUGCUAACAAUGCUACAAGACCAGGUACGGUAUAAGCAGGGCUAUUUCCUGGCUUAAUGAGGGAGUGGAAGCCAAGCGUAGGGACCACUAAGGUGCUUAGAGUGUCGCUUGUUGAUACAAGCUCCUGUGUCAUUUUGUCAGUUACAGUAUAUCACUUUGAAAACAUGUGGAACUGAUUGCUUUCCAGUUGCCCAACCCCACGCUUAGACUCAUCAACCGGGAACAAUUUCAACAUUUUGUUUGUCGUUUGUCCUGGCGUGUUCAUAGAGUAUAAAGCACACAGAAGCAAGUGUCGAACGUUUACGAACGCUGGCAAAAACACUUUAGGGCACAACCUGCAUCACGGUAGAUGGUAUCUGAAACUCAGGGGUAUAGGUUUGGUUAGCUUAGGUUAGAACCGGGACACUUCCGCUCAAAAAGCACAAGUGCAGCCCAGGACACACAAGCUGUACUGCAGUUUGUGUGAGGUGUGUAAAUAGGCAGAGGAACAAAGGUCAGAGCAUAGAAAAAGCCGUGUUUCCUCCGCAGGUGGUGCGUGUGGUCAUGGAACACUUAAGUUCAAUUUUGGUUUUGUUGGUUUAUCGUGAGUUUUAUGUGCUUCAUGUAUUAAUACAACCCUAUCAUGAAGGCUAACAUGAAUUUAAGCACAAAUAACGGACUUCAAGUGUACAGGCUGGGGUUUAAUUAUGUACUAUGAUUGCAGCGGGUGAGCACAGAUCUCAUUUGGAGCACAUACCCGUUAGGUCAAGGCCUCUAGCUGUCACAAGGAAGUCCUUGUGGGGCAAGCGGAUCACGAUGUUGGUGAAUUACAGUAAUUAUGAUCAUAAUAAUCAUCAUGCUACUGUGUCCUAAUUCUUGACUGUCCUCAGCGCACUCCCUCCGUUUCUUGUACAGUAAUGUAAAAAUGAAUCUGACUGGUGUUUGUGUUUGGAUUUUUGUCUUUAUUUGGCGGGACGGGGAGGGGGAGGGGGAAGGGGAGGGGGAGGUGCUGGUAAGGGGACAUUUUCUUUCCUGUAGUAAAAUAGCUGGUGUAAUGUGUAAUUUGUGUACUGUGUAGUGGAUAUUUUACACCUUCUGAAUAUAGAGGUAGUUGAGGAUAGUGUCAGUAUUGAUGUCUUGUAAUUUUAAUCAAUAUGUAACUGUCCAUUUUGUCUUCUAACAACCAGAGUCUACGCGCAUAGAUUUUUUUUCUCAUUUUAUUUUGUAUUAGAGCCUUUUUUUUAUUAUUGUUGUCAGAGUUAACCAUUUUUAUCCAGGUUCAGUGACACUACCUUUCUUAAAGUUCUAAAAGCCAGCGAUAUCAACUGUCGUGCCAAAUGAUAAAGCUUUGGACUGAAACUUGAAAAAAAACGAACAGAACGCUUUUUUUUUUUUUUUUUAAAGAAAGUCUCUCACAUCUCCAGGUUGUCACAGCAACGCUGUAGAAGGAACCGCACAUGAGUGAAGGUGUUAUGCAGUGUUAUACAAGCCCAGCAGUGUUCUACUUACAUGGCAGUAUUGUAUAAAAAAAGAGAAAUCAAAAAAUAAAACUAGCACAAAAGCAAUACACCUACAGUGUAACAGUGUAGAAAACUGCAUGCUGUAAUUCAGUUAUAUGAAUGCAAACUAUCUUCAUACAGUUUGUUGAUAUGCUCGGCCAUUUGUUUCUAAUGUGUGCGUAUGUGUCCAACCGUACCAAAACCGGUAUCAUAAAUGUAAACUGGUAAUGUUUAUGUAGUGGACAUAACCUAUUAAUUCAACAUAUCAGUGUAUUGGAAAAUAAUGUAGUGUGUGUUUCAGUUAACCUAGUCAGAAAUUCUGGAAGAUUUAAUACUGCAUCCUAUGGAAUAAUUUGAAUAAUAAUUCAUUGUUUUAAAGACAACUGGAUUUUGAACUAUGUAUAACCCACACUGAAAGUAUAUUGUUUGGUCCUUCAUGGUCUUAUUCUUACACAACCUUGAAUCUAUCCAUCCAUGUAAAGUAAAUCUUUAUGGAUUUAUUAACUGGAUGUGCAAUUACAAGCAGUCUUGAAAACUGUCAGUAGGUUUGACUAAACUGUGAUUUUCUUUUCGGUGGCCCUGCGGGUCCACGGGAGAGAUUCGUUUUCUUUCUUCCUCAUAAACUUAACGUGUUCUCAUGUUGUCACGGCACUUUAAAUGACACGCGUGUUAAAAAGCAACAGAAGAUGAUACAAACUUCCAUACGUUUUAAAGUAAUGCCUUUACAGCUAUAUUUGUAUACACUGUGGAGCUACCGGUGGAAGGCACUUUGGUAUGCCAAUGUAAACUUAUUGCAACGGAUGGGAGAAUCAAGCACAACUGAAAAGAAUUACAUUACUUUGUCAUGCAUACCUGUCUAACAGUGUCUUUUGAACCUUAGGGCCAAAUUUCAUUGACGUUGUCUUAGUCUCAUGUCAACUGUAUAUCUUAAACUGUUCGAUUACAAAUGGUAAAUAAAGUUAUAUUUUAAAAAUCAA